AUGAAGUUUGGAAUCAAGACUACAAGAUGGAUGAUGAAGAUGAUGAUCAUGUUUCAAUUGAUAAGGUUUUCAAUCAAUUUGACUAUCAAGACCACAAGCUUAAAUCAUCCAAGUAAUCAAGAUCAAAGGAAAUUAUCCAAAAGAGAUAUGGUUUACAGGAAUUUAGAAGCUGUUAAUAAUUUAGAUGAUAAGAUUAUACAAAUGAUCUUAAAUGGAAUCAUUCAACAUUUUAUGACAUCAGAUCCAGAGAUUGGAAACAAGCGAAUGAAUGGAUACGAUUUUAUUCAUUCGAGUCAUCAUGAUUCAUCAUCAAGUCAAUCACAUCAAGAAGAAAAAGUGAUCGUACCUUAUCUUGGAAGAAAUUCAAAAGGAGAAACCGUGAAUCGACCCAAAGAAGUGAUGAUCAAAUGGGCAACAGCUCAAGAUCAAUCUGAUUGGAAUACAUUAGGAUUCGAUUUAGAACAUGUUUUGAUGGUCAGUAGGAUCUUGGGGUUAGAUGGAGAAUUUAUUAAUAUCAAUUUAGAAGGUCAAGAAUGGUAUCGAUAUAUUUUAAAAUGUAUGUUUGAAUUAAGGAAGGAAGAAUUUAAGUUUUUUGAAAUCCUUAGUUGGUUCUCAACUCAUUUAAAUCAAGAAGAGUUUUUAAAACGGUUUGAAAUCUUUUCUUAUAUUACUUCUAAAGGAUUAAAUCCUAGUAGUACUCAUCAUUAUCAUCAUUCAUUGAAGAAUUUAAAACCUUGGUGGAAUAAACUUCAGAUUGAAAGAUGGAUUAAAAGAUCAGAUUGGGAUGUGAAUUUGAUUUUAAAAGUAGGAGAUUUACUUAAACUAAACGAACCUAAUGUUUCAUUUCAAAGUUAUAAUAAACGAAGUCAAAUCCGAGAGAAAUUGAUGAAUUUCUUAGAUCCUACUAGUUCUUCAAAAUUAAUAUUUAAAUCAAAAGAUGAAGAUGGAGAUGAAGAUGAAGUGUUUUCGAAAAUUAAAAAAAUGUCAACUUAUCUUCCAGAAGCAUUAUCAAUCGAAACUGAAUCUAGUUUAGUUGGAUCAUUAUAUAAGAAACGAAUUAAUUUAUUAACUGAAGUUAGAAGGUUAGAUGGUAGUCUAGGUAGACCAGAGCCGAAUCAUCGAUUCUUUAGAAUAUAUUGGAUCACCAGAGGAGUGGAUCCAGAAAUCGCAUUGAAAUCUUUGAAUUCGAAUGAAGAAAUCUCGGAACCUGGAUAUGUGAUCUUUAAUCAAUUCAAUCAAUCUUUUCAUCUUUCUAAAUAUUUUGAGUUUAUGAAUUUGGUUUGGGCUGGGUUUAAUUCUGUUCAUGAGGUUUUACAUCAGGUUUGGGAAAGAGCUAUACAGUUAAGACCUGCUUGGUAA